AUGAUAGAAAAAGCUGAGCAUGAGAGAAGUAUUGAUAGAAAACAACAAAAAAUUAAAAAGUUAUUGGCAGAUGUUAAGACUUUAUACCAGGUAAGUCACUGGUUCAAAUUUAUUUACCAAAUAAAGAAAUUAUUAUAAUAAAAUUAUUUUUCAAAAUGCUUAACUCUCCUAAUUGUUCAUUAUGCAUACUAAAUAUCUUAAUGAAUUAAGACUGGAAACUUUUUUGUUUUUAGAAACUAGUUUUAUUUGGUUGAAUAUUGUUUAGUGUAAGCAUACUGUUGUCUGGAAUGAUUAGAAUUCUGCCUCAAUUCAGUCAAUUGUAUGAGAGAAGAAAGCUUUUAGUUUGACAAAAAUUUCUCUGUGUUAGUUUGAGAUAACCCUUACUUGGCCUCUGCAGAGAACAGUUUGACUCUGAUGGAGCUGUCUAGUGAGAAUAGCUAAUUUAAUGAAAUACAUAAUAUAUUCCGGUUCCUAGACAUGUGAGGAGGAAGAGGGGAAAGAUGAGUUGAUUGGGAGAGUAAACAAAGAAAACUGGGAACCUGAGGCUAAGGCAUUUGAGCUAUGGAGUUCUGCAGAAAACGUUGAAGAAAUGCAAG